AUGCAUUAUAAACACAAUUCAGAUAGGGCUUCCGUAGCUGCCAAAUUUGAAGGGAGAGCCCGCUUAUCUCAAAGUAAAGGAGUCAUCCGGAGCAAGAGGGAUGUGUGUCCCCAUGGUACUUACGACCAUGAGGGCAAGAAAUGUUGUAAAUUAUGCGACAAAGGUCAUCGGCUGAAGGAGGCCUGCACUGCAACAAGUCCUACAGAAUGCGAGAAGUGUGCGAGUGGAACGUAUAACAGCCUGCCUAAUGCCCUGCCGUCCUGUGAACUCUGCAUCUCAUGCUCAUCCAAUGCCAAUCUAGAGGUGCGCGAAAACUGUACAUCUGUCAGUGAUACUAAGUGUCAAUGUAAAAAGGAUCACUACUGCACUGGAUACAUGAAAGACACCUGCAGGAUUUGCAACCCUUGUAAAGUGUGUGGUGAUGAGGGGAUUAAAGAACGCUGUACAGCCACCAAUAACACUGUGUGCAAUGGCAAAAGUGAAGGGGGAAAACUGCCAACUAGACUCUUGGUAGUUCUACCAAUAUUGUUAAUUGCUGGUAUUGUGGUCACUGUAGUCUUAUGGAAAAAUAAACGGAGCACAGAGAAGGACAAACUCAGGAAUGACACAGCAGUACAAACUCAGGAAAAGGACAAUGCAACGGUGAAGAUGCGUCUUCUUAACGAAUCAAAAUGUGCCUGCAAGAUCAAUGAAGUUGUGAUGUGUUGUGCUUUGUUGCAUUCAACCCUAUUUUUUCUGUCCUUCACAUUAGUUCCACGUGUGGAUCUCUCACUUUACGUGCAUGACAUUGCAGCCGUGAUUGAAUGGAAAGAUAUGGAGGCUAUAGCUACGCGUUCUGGGGUACAAAAGAACACUAUUGAGGCUUGUAAACAGAACUACCCUAAUGACUGUCAGAGGCAGACACUUGAACUACUGAAGGAAUGGGUGGAGAAGCACGGCAUGCAGGCCUCAGAAAAAUUGGUACAAAUGCUAGAAGACAGAGGCAGAAGGCACACAGCAGAGAAAGUGCACGAUAUAUUGCGUGGUGGCAGCAGCGCAUAGAAACACGUAGCAGGAUACCAGAUGCUACUAUAGAGGUGUGUAAACAGGACCACCGAGGCGAUUGUCAGGAGCAGCCACACCAACUACUGAAGAUCUGGGUGGAGCAGCAGGGCAUAGAGAAGAAGAAGUUUUUAAAAACAUUUACAGAUACUGCAUGACUGUCUACUGUGUGAAUUGUUAUUUUUAAAGGUUUCCAUGACAGUGUUUAACUUGUAAAUAUUCAUUUGCUUUUAUGAUGUGAAGAAUGUGUUCAAAGUACUUCUAAAAUAAGAUGUAGACUUUAUACAUUACUUUAUAGGUUGCUAGUAGCAUUUAAUACAGUUUAAGUACUUGAAAAUAUGCAUUGUUACAUCUUGACCACAUUACUGCACCUCACGAGUGGUUAAUUAAUUAAAUUACUAAAUGCUCAAAAUUUAAAAAUACAAAUCUUAAACACACAAACAUCAGAUCUUUCUAUGACCUCAUCUUUUUUCCUUGUAUCUGCAUUUUAUGGUGAUAAGUCAGAAUGAUUUUCAUAAUCGUCAGAUUAAUUGAUGAUCAGUGGGAGACAAUCUAUGCCCAUUGACUGUUUCCAAGAACCAUGUUUAUGUAUUCAAAGGUUGUUUUUUGUUUGCUGUAGGAGAUUCAGUUUAAUCAUCUCAUAGAAAUCAGAGAAAAUUCUGGAAUAAAAAUAAAAUGAAAAACUGGAAUAUUUGCUUUUGAGUAUAUAUAUAACCAAUUUUGAUCUUGGCUCUCUGUGUACAACAGUAUUACUCAGUGCACACCAUUGUA